AUGGGUUAUUUGGCCGCAGCAAGAGCAUAUAAAGUUCCACGCUCAACACUUUUUCGCCUCUGUAAUACUGAAGGGCCUCCAGCAACUGUUAGUAAAACGAAGUUGGGUAAAAGACCAAUUUUGUCAGCGGAGUUAGAAGAGGAACUAGUACGAUAUUUACUUAUAAUGGAUCAGAAGUUUUUUGGUCUGACAAGAAGGGAUGUUCGAUCCUUAGCAUUUCAACUUGCUAAACAAGAAGAGUUUGCGGCCGAAAUGCAAAAGGAAAAUCAAAAUUUGCCGAACAAUAACACACGUGCUCAUAACGAGCAAAAUAACUCGCCUAAUGUUUAUCCUAGUGACAUAGUUCCAGUCCCAGAACUAACAAAGAAGCUCGCAACUCGGGGAAGGAAAUGUGGGCGUACUAAAAUAAUUACGUCGACGCCCAAUAAGGAGGAAUUAGAGCAAUCAAUUAAUCUCUCAAAACAAAAAGUUAUCCGAAACGUUUUCGAUGAACCUGGACCUAGUGGAUUAAAAAACAAAAAGCCUAGCGUAUAUCUACAGCUGAAAACUUCCACGCAAGAAGACAUUGAAAAAACUAUAUGGACAUCAACCUUUUCAAGUUUCGCUAAAACCUUCCAGGCAAGAAAAGUACCGUCGUCUACAGAGGAAUGGAAAGAAAUAUCAAAACGAUUUGAAGAAGUUUGGAACUUCCCAUAUUGUGUAGGGGCAAUUGAUGGAAAACAUGUACUUUUGCAAGCCCCGAUGAAAAGUGGAAGUGAUUUUUUUAAUUACAAAUCGCAAUUCAGCAUCGUUUUGAUGGCUGUGGUGGACGCGGACUACAAUUUCACAUUUGUGGACAUAGGUUGCCAAGGGCGAAUUUCUGAUGGCGCUAUGGAGGCAGACGAUAUUCCGGACGAUAUUUUGGAAGCCGCAAAUGCCGCAACGCUGGACAUUUUUUCCACAAAAUCCAAAGAACGCUACGAAGAGGAGCAUGGAAACUUUGAGAAGUGGUGCUACUCCAAGAACGUAUCCUCAACCAAGGAAGAAGCCUUCCUGGCAUAUUCUGCAAACAUAGCCAAACGAUUCUUGUCAUCGCCACCGGCCGCAGCGGCAUCUCCGGUACUACCUAGCGUUCCGAGAUACUACCUGCGCGUGUCCACCCUGUACGCGGCUCGCAUACGGCCGCAACCGGGCCGGUCCAGCGGGUUGCGGGGACAGGGGGACAUCUUGGCCGCGGCCGACUCGCAGAGGAAUGCUGCAAGUGGGGGUACUGCCGCCGCAGCACCACAUCUACGGCCAGUUGCCGAUCACACGUUCGAAGGUGCGGACAUACGGUCUGUACCCACACCCGCGUUGUUUAUACCUUUUAACCCGUGA